AUACUUUAUAGGAUCACACAUAAUAUCAGAACUAAACAAUGAAGGUCGUGUUUUUGAUAUGCCUUUAUCUUAAGUUAAAUUUAGUAUAUUGUGAAUCAAAUUGUAAAAAUUUCAAGACAUGUAGUGGUUGUAUAGGAUACAAUCUAGACAAGUGUGUUUGGUGCUCUGCUAAAGAACACGAUGAUCGACGUUGCCAAACCUUAGAGUAUGCUGAAAAAAACAAUGAUUGGUGCAAGGAAAACUACUAUAAUCCCCCAGAGAUUUCAAGUUUCAAUGUCGUUCAAAAUGACACAUUUAAUGUCGGUUUAAAUGGAGCAAAAGUAGUGCAAUUUACGCCUCAAAUAUUACAAAUAAAAGCACGUCCUAAUGCAUUAAUUCCUUUCAAAAUGAAAUAUAAACCUGCUAAAGAUUAUCCAUUAGAUAUAUACUAUGUCAUGGACUACUCUGCCACAAUGAAGAAGCAUACGAAAACGCUUAUUCGGCAAGCUAACAAAAUAUACGAAGAAUUGACUAGAUUUACCAAUAAUGUUCGUUUCGGUAUUGGAAGCUAUGUAGAAAAACCAGCGAUGCCUUUUGUGGAUUUAGCACUUCAUAAAUCAUAUUCCUUUAAAAACCAUUUGUCGUUAACUGAUGACGUGAAACUUUUUAUUAAAAAUAUUGGCGAACCGGACGGCUCCAAUUAUGAUGACCCAGAAGCUGCCUUCGAUGCUUUAAUGCAAGCAAUGGUUUGUAAAGACAACAUAGAUUGGCGAAACAAUGCAAGGCGUAUCAUUGUUUUAUGCACCGAUGGUGUAUAUCAUAGUGCAGGAGAUGGAAAAUUUGUUGGAGCUAUAAAGCCUAAUGAUAUGAAAUGUCAUCUUGAUAAUAACACCUAUUCAGAAGCACUAACGUAUGACUAUCCUUCAGUGAGUCAAAUCAACAAAAUUGCUACUGAAAACAAUAUCAAGAUAAUAUUCGCUGUGGACCCCAAAGUUCAAAGAUCUUAUGAAGCUUUAGAAAAGAAAAUUCUUGGAGCGAAAUAUGUUCCCUUAACCGGUAAUAUUGUCGAUAUGAUAAUAAACGAAUAUUUGGGGUUAGUAAGAUCAGUGGUAAUUGAUUCAAAUAUACCUCGUCCUAUUCAAUUAGCAAAGAUUGUACCUGAUUGUACAAAGAGUGGUAUUUGUGAGAUUAAACACGAGCAAUCUUUAGAAAUGGAAGGCUUUUUAAAAAUAAACUCAUGUCCAUCCAAUGAGAAGAAAAUGAAAUAUUCGCUGGAAAUAGGUCCAGUAUCAUUGGAUGAAAAAUUGAAAAUAGAACUAGAAAUCGAUUGUCAUUGUGAUUGUGAGGCCAAGGGAGAAAUGAAUUCAACUUUGUGCAGCGGCGCAGGUAUAUUCCAAUGUGGAGUAUGUAAAUGUAAUGAUGAUAGAUACGGCAGUAUAUGUGAUUGUAAAGGAACGGACACAAAUACAAUUAAUUUUGAUAAAUGUAAAGCAAAUGUUGAUGAUGCGAACUACUGUAGUGGUCGUGGAAUAUGCAGGUGCGGUAAAUGUGAAGAGUGUAAAAAGGGAUUUUCUGGGGAUUUCUGCCAAUUUGACGACAAUGCUUGUCCUCGACCAGGUGGCCUUCUAUGCUCAGGUCAUGGUAGAUGUCAGUAUGGUACUUGUGCAUGUGAACCAAAAUGGAUUGGCGAUGACUGCCGAUGCCCAGAUGAUGAACAUAGUUGUAUGGCACCCAUUUCCAACGAAGUGUGUUCUGGAAGAGGACAGUGCAAGUGCGGAGAAUGUGUCUGUCAACGACAGAAUGGUACAACGGAAAUAUGCUCUGGAAAAUUUUGCGACGAUUGCGAAGAGUUGACGCAGAAGCGUUGUAAAGAGCUUGAGGACUAUGCCCUAUGUAAUUUCUAUAAUAACAAAACAAAGUGCGAUGAAGAAUACAAUCAAACGACAACGGGUGUCAUACUUGUUAAUAAGACAGAAAUGCACGCGCCUGGGCGCGAACAUAAGGCAAAAUGGUGUCACAAAGCUUUAAAAGAUGACAAAACACUUACCUUCUUAUACUAUUAUCCGAUAGCAUCUAUUAACACAUUGGAAGUUGUAAUUCAGAAUGAAUUAGAUGAACGAGCUAAAGCGAAUAUUUGGGUUGCUGUCGGAAGUGCAAUCGGUGGUGUAUUAUUAAUUGGUCUCCUCAUGGUGAUUGGUUGGAAGCUUCUCAUAGACGCUCAUGAUAAAAGGGAGUACAAUAAACUAAUAAAAGAAUCUGCUGCGGCCGGUUACGAUGUAUCAAACCCAUUGUACAGAACCCCGGCAGUAAAUUUUAGUAAUCCAGCUUACGAUCGAAGAAGUUGAUCAGAAAAUGAACUAGUUAUAAUAUAUUAUAUCGGGAAAGAAUGAUGAACAUUAACAUUAAUACUAUAUCCGGCUCGUGA